CUAGGAAAACAUAUUGCUAAACUUACAGGAUGGAACAUUGAUCUUAAACAUCCAUUAUUUGAGAUCAGUGUACAUAUCAAUGAUGAGAUGGUUGUAGCUGGUAUUCCAUUAUCCAGAGAGCCUCUAUCUAAAAGAGGUUAUAUCUUACACAGUGGUCUGAGAUCACCAGUUGCUUGGAUCCUGGGAUACUUAACACAGAUCCAACCUGGAGACAUCAUACUGGAUCCAAUGUGUGGGAAAUCAACUAUUUUAAUUGAAGCUGUAAAAUGUCUGCAGCCCAACGCUGUUUAUUUUGGUAUAGAUAGAAAUCACCAGCAACUAAAAACAGCUCAAGCUAAUGUUCAAUUUGUUGCUUGUCAGAACAACAUAAAUUUAUUGCUAUCUAAUGGUUUAGAUCUACCAUUUAAAUCUGGAAGUGUUGAUAAAGUCAUCUGUGAUGCACCAUUUGGUGAGAAACAUAAAAUAGCCAGUGAUAUUCACCAGUUUUGUUAUAAAUUACUUCAGGAGACUCAAAGGUAG